AUGCCGCUCCGCCCGGGCUUCGGGAAACUAGGUACCCCACAGACGCUGCGCACCAACUUCUUUGCAGUCAAGACCACGAAGAAGACCUUCUAUGAUUACGACGUUUCUGUCACGCCUUCGGCCCAGGCGGGCAGAGACCGCAAGAUCCGUAUCUUCCAGGUUCUCGAGUCCCAUCCCGACUACCAACCUCACGUCGGCUAUGUCGCGCACGAUCGCAGUCAGCGUCUCAUAUCGGCAAAAAAGCUCCCGCAGCCACUCGCCAUUUCCGUUCGAUACAUAGAGGAGGGCGAGACAGCCCCGCGCGCAGAUGCGCUUACAUUUACCGUUACCAUCAAGUUCGUGCGAGAACUAGACAUGAACUCUCUCAACCAGUAUACCGAAGGUCGUCCCGAGGCUCGAGACCUAGACAUGCAGCCAAUAGUCUCCGCGCUGAAUCUCGUCUUGCAGCAGCACGCGUCCACCACUGGGAUCCGCGUCGGUCAGAACCGCUAUUUCUUCCGCGCAUCCGCGACGAGCCAGCCCCUCGGUCUCGGCGUAGAGGCCUGGCGUGGGUUCUUCAUGUCGGUGCGCCCGAUGUACAAACAGCUGAUGGUCAACAUCAACGUCUGCAUGACGGCGUUCUACACGCCGGGCAACAUGGCGGAGGCGAUGCUCGCGUUCAUGCAGAACAGCUCGGGCGGGAUGCCGAAAGCGUUCGCGGAGAAGCUGAAGGUGUCAACGAAGCACUUGGGCUAUAUACGCAAGAAGGCGAUCUUCCGGCUCACCGGCCAGACAGCUCGGCAGGCGCGGUUUGAUUGCCAAGAGCUUGGAGGAAUGGUGACCGUUGAGCAGUACUUUCAACGCAAGCACGCAAUCACAUUGAGACACGCUCACGACUUACCUCUCUUGGAUCUCGGGAACAAGACCAAGCCGAACCUGGUGCCCGCAGAGCUCUGCGAGAUCUUCCCAGGACAAGCAUAUCGAGGGAAGCUGAGCCCCACCGAGACCGCAAACAUGAUUCGCUACGCUUGCAACCCUCCCGCGUUCAACGCCGCAGCGAUCCGCGACCAGGGAUUCCCCGACCUCGGCCUGGCGGCCAACGCACCCGCGGCCACGCUGAACGGCUUCGGGAUCAGCGUGAGCCCCGACAUGGCCGUCGUGCCGAGCCGCGUGCUGCCCCCGCCGGGCAUCGCGUACCAGCAGGGCCGCCCGAACGUGCGCGACGCGAGCUGGAACAUCCUCGACGUGAAGUUCCAGAAGGGCGGGAGCGCGCCGAGCUGGGCCGUGAUGCUCGUCGAGGACGGCGGGCGGGACGAGUUCAGGGGCGCCACCGACCCCGAGCUCGUCGCGUUCCUCCAGACGUUCAGCAGGAAGUGCGCGUCGAGCGGGAUAGCCGGCGUCGGCCGUCCGCGCAAUGUCCUGGCGACUGGGAGGCUGCCGCGCGUCGAAGUGGACCCGCACCGGAGGCAGGCGCUGGAGCAGAUCCGGCAGACGUUGGCGAAGCUUAUCCAGCCGCAGAUGCCGGGCUUCGUGCUCGUGCUCCUGUCGAAGGUGGACAAUUACAUAUACCCGGGCAUCAAGCGCCUCGGCGAUGUCGAGUUGGGCGUGCACACGCUUCAUAUGCAGCUCGGGAAGGCCCGCGGUGACCCUAAGAAACAGGACCAGUACUUCUCCAAUGUUGCGCUGAAGGUGAACACGAAGCUGGGCGGGACAAACCAUCUGCUGGACGAUCGGUCGAUGCAGUGGCUGCGGAAGAUGAAGACGAUGGUCGUCGGGAUUGACGUCACUCACCCUGGACCUGGUAGCACGCGGGGCACACCCUCCAUCGCUGCGGUGGUCGCCAGCUACGAUGACAAUUUCACACAGUUCCCAGCCAGUCUUAUGCCGCAGAAAGCAGACUGGAACAAGGAUGCGAAAGAGAUGGUGGCCAAUCUGACAGCGGCGAUGAUCGAGCGGUUGCAAAUGUAUCAGAAGAAGAACAAGCAACUGCCGGAACGUAUCAUGGUCUACAGAGAUGGCGUGUCCGAGGGGCAGUACGACCUCGUGUUGCGAGAGGAGCUUCCCCUGAUCCGCGAGGCAUUUAGGAAGAUCUCUCCGAAAGCUCCAUACAACCCGAAGCUCACCAUCACGAUCUGCGGGAAGCGCCAUCACGCACGCUUCUAUGCGACGAAGGACGUCGACGCCACGAAGAACGGCAAUACCAAGCCUGGGACCAUACAGGACCGGGGUAUCACCGACGUCUACGGCUUCGACUGGUACCUUCAGGCGCACAACGGCCUGCAAGGCGAGGUCCGCCCGACUCACUACUUCGUCGUCUACGACGACUUCCACUACGAUGCGGAUACCCUGCAGCAAGGCACGCACACGGCGAGCUACCUCUACGCGCGCGCGACGAAGGCCGUCAGCCUGAUUCCGCCCGCCUACUAUGCCGACCUCGCGUGUGAACGGGCGCGGUUCUACCUGAACGCGUUGCUGAACCUCGGGGACGAGCAGUCUUCUGUGGGCGGUGGCAGCAGCAGGGGCAGGCUGUCGCAGGAUGAGGAGAAGGAGCGGGUUUACCAGGAGGCUAUGCGCCUGUGGGGCAAUGGCAUCCAUCCCAACCUUCGUGAGUCGAUGUUCUAUAUUUGA